CCAGAACCAACUGACUCGUGCCCAGUUGUUUCCUCAAUCGCAUCCAUCCGCUGAAGGACGCAGGCGCCAGGAGCGAGCGAGAGAGCGUGCGACAGAGACACUUCCGCGGCGGUAUAUGUACUACACCGACUCGCUCAACUACCAAAAGGAGGUGCAGACGAAGCAGCCCACGACAGGUACCACCAAGCACGGCCCCGACGCUCGUGGCCGAUCGAAUUCUCAACCAGGCAACGCCCCUUCCUCCCACAUGAGCGUGAGUUCUUCCAAUUCGUACGGCUCUGGCAACGGCAAUUCCGCCGACGGCAGCAGCGCUUUGUAUUUAUUCCCGAUGGUCGAGAAAAUGUUUCGUAUCAAGAUCACUGAAGACAUCGAGCGCGAUCUGCGGUAUCUCGGUCAGUCCCGCGCAGACGCGCUCAUUUCCGAGUUUGACAUGACGCCUGUCAAAGAACAAAAGGGAGUUCAGCUCUAUGAACUGGCUGAGCAAGAAUUCUACACGAUGAAGGCCGUCGUCUUGACCCCCAAAGCCAGCAUCCACGACGUGAUGAACCUCAUGGACAUGGCGACCACCAACAGCUUCCGCGACACGAUGGGAGACAUCUUUGGCUCGCUCUUCCUUGACGGUGCCGUGCUGUACGCUUCUCCCAAGGACAUUACUCGUCCCAACGAGAGUUUGACCGUCAACUGGAUGGCCCUUCGGAGUUCCAAGUCGCACAUGCCUCAUCGUGACUACGUCUUCCUCAAGUACGGCGACUGCUUUGGCCGCGAAUCGAGUCUCGACACCGAUCCCCACGGCAGCACGAGCAACUCGUACGUCGGCGCGAGCAUCUGGGAAAGCAUCGAAUUCGACGGAUGCGGGCCCCUACCCGAGUCGCAGAACGUCGUGCGCCUCAAGUUUCGGCGGUGCGGUUUCGUAAUUGAGGACAGCGUCACGAACGACUCGCUCAAGGUGUCGUUCUACUUGUCCGAGUCCCAUCCCGGUCGAUCCACUGUGAGCAACUUGACCAAGUCGUGGAUGACCAGGCUCCUCCUGUGCGUGUCCGAGAUCUCGGCGACGCUCAUGACCAAACACUUGUCGGAGCAAACGUUGCUGGCGCGCCACGAGUUUACAAAGGACGGGUAUUGCUGCUUCAUUUGUCUCACAAAAUUCACGUUGAUGCGACGGAAGCACCACUGCCGCGUCUGUGGCGACGUUGUGUGUGGCAAAUGCUCCCAGAUGAAGUCGGUGCGCCAGAACGGGGUAAACAAAGACGUUCGCAUCUGCCUCCAGUGCUCGAGCGCGUCGAGCGUUAUGUCCAUCAGCACGCGCAACUCGAGCACAAGCAGCAACGGCUUUGUCCAACCCAACCAUAAAAUCCGUGCCAUGACGUCGUCCAGUUCGAGCAACUCACUCUUCAACGGCGGGGGCAGCAGCUCCGUCUCUUCGGCGGACAGCGCGUGCGGCCUCGACUACACAGAGGGCGCUUACCAGAAGCACAAGAACGUCAUCUUGGAAGAUACAGAGACCCCCAACUCGCGACAGGCGUCACCGAAGAUUGUUCUCCAGCCGCAUUACGCCGGAUCGCCGAGCAACUCGUCCGCCGCGUCUUCUGGAGUGUCCCAAGUGCGCUACGGACCAUCGACGUCAUCCACGCCCAAACCCCAGCCGUCGUCGGACCUGAUCUUGCUCGAUCAAAUCGACGUCCAGACGCUGCCAUCGACGCUCGUCGCGCCGCCGCCAUCGUCAAGUCCGAGCCUGACGCCGCCGUUGCUCACGAUCUCGUCUUCGUCUACCACUGCUCUGCCGUCCAAUGCUGUCAUCAAGGAGAACUCGAUCUACACGUACGCGCUGAGCUACUCGCUGCGCCAGGACUGGCCCAAGGCGCCGAUGCCGCGCAACGAAGCUGCGCGCCUGCUCAAAGUGCGCAGCUUGUACCUCAUGGACCCAGACAACCAGUUCCAGGACAUGGUCGAUGUGGCAUCGACGACGCUGAGCUGCUCGAUCGCAGCGAUUUGUGUGAUCGGCGACAAGACAGGGUUCAUGCUGGCCAAGCUCGGCCUCGGGAAGCGCGAGGUAUCGCGAAACAUUUUGUUUGACGCGCACACGAUCAUGAGCACGACGCCAACAAUCGUUCUCGAUGCGACGCAGGACGCGCGGUUCGCGGAAAACCCGUUGGUCGUGGACGGGAUUAUCCAUUUCUACGUCGGGAUACCGCUCGUGACGUCGGACGGCAUGGUCGUCGGGUCGUUCUCGGUCGCGGACCACGUCGCUCGGAAGGAACUGACCGGCGACCAACUCUACUUUUUGCAAAACUUGGCCAACUUAGCGCUGAGGGGGAUUGAAAACAACACGGCCAAGUACACGAACCAGACGACGACGCUGUCGGCGAACCCGCUCUCGGACGUCGGCGGGAGCACCACAGCCACGUACUCGCAGGCGCUCGACGAGGACCUGGACUUGAAACGAGCCGCCAACACGAUGCAGGAACUCCUCAACAAAGCGUAUGCGACCCAGGUCAAGGUAUCGAUGGCGACGACGCCGGUGCAUCACCACCAGUACGCCCCCAAGUGAACACCGUGACCAAGGCAAGCCGCAUCCAGGAUUGUACGACGUCGGGUUGUGUAGGCGUCCUAGUAGACGAGCUCGAGAGGUCGGGGAGAGCACGAAACCCACCAUCAACAUGCAGUGUGUAUGUCAAGUGUGCGUCGCGGCGACACUCGAUUGAAACGAAAAUGGGAUGCAUUGUUUAUGACGGUCCUGUGCGCGUGGAUGCACACGAGGGAGGGCGCGUCGACUAAUCCUCUUCGUCCGUUUCGAUGCCCGCAAAAAAGUUCUCCAACCCUUCCUCGUAGUCGUCGUACACCUUGGGCUUGUUGUUCAUGAGCUUGACGCCGCUGUCCAACAACGUUUCCAAGUGCGCCUUUUGUUUCCACUGCAUCAACGUCUCUUCCAGUUCCAUGCCGGCCUUCGUGAUAAGCAUGUCGACCACGCGCGGGUCCUUCACGUCGGCGUUCUUGCGGAAGAACGCUUGCACAGCCAAGCGUGCCUCCGACGGCUCCAUGCUGAUGUCAUACAGAGUCAGCACGCGCGGCACUUGCUUCGUGAUCUGUCGGUACAGCGUCACAGCCGGGUUCGACCCCCCCAGCUUUUCCGUCGCCAAACGCAGCGCCAUGGCCAGCCAGACAAAUAAAGUAAAU